AAACAGAAGCCGACGAUGUACAGAGCGACUGCAUCUCGUAUGGCACGUGCGGUACAAGAGGUCGCUGCAAUGCAAGAAGAGCAGGGGGUUACGCUUAGCCCGAUCACUGCGCAUCAUGUUGCAGUCCACCACGCUCGUCAGCCAGAUGACGUCCCUCUCUCAAUUCCAACCGACAAUACCACCAGGCAAGCACAAGCGUUAGACGCCGAAAUGGCUCGUCUUGAUGAGCAGCAAGGCCAGGAUGCUAGGGAUGAUGACUAUGCCGAGAUCGAAGUGCAACUAAUUUGGUCAUGGGUGAAAGUUCCUGUACGCAUUUUUUCAAUUCGAGCAGCACUUCGACUCCCCAACCACGAUAUAUUUUCAAGUGGAGUAUUUCAUUUCCACUAUCGCCCACGGCUGGGGGCCACAAUUCAUUCGUGUUCGACUUCGUUAAGGCGCUCCGGGCCGGUGCGGCCUGGAGCAGUCCCAGGGUGA